AUGGUGGGUAGACCUCCAAAGAAUCAAUUAAAAAAAUCUCAAGGUGACCUUUCUCCUUCCCUAUAUGACAAAUACACGGAUUUAAAACGCAAAUAUAAAGAAUUAAAAAAGAAAAAUGCGAAUCUAAACGAAGAAUGCGAGCGCGCAAUCAAAAAGAUUAAAAGGUGUAAGGACGAAAGAGAUUCUUUGCUGGGGCAAUUAGCAAAGUCUUCAAUUGAACCUGAGUCUAAGCAUGCAAGAGUAUCCAAGCCUAUUACCAAAUAUGAUAGUUCUUCUUCUAUUAUUCCUAAAAGUACUUCUUCAGCUCUUGUUAAUACAAAACACCGGUCCCUUGUAAGAAAUAUUGUAAAUGAUAUUCCAAUUAAAUCAAAAGUUUCAGCUCCAAAACGUGGUCAAGGCCGUGCUCCCGCUGCACCAAGAAAUAUGAAAGCUUAUCUUGUCCCUAAAGAUGAGAAUGGAAAUUUUAUUCUUCCUGUUGAAGUUGGCCUUCACACUGUAAUCAAACUUGGAAAAAUUGUUUAUGAUCGAGAUUCAUUUCAUAAUGAUCGAUAUAUUUAUCCUGUUGGCUAUGCUGUUAAAAGGCCAUAUCUCAGUAUGGUUGAUCCUGAUAAAAAUACAAUUUACACUUCUAGGAUAGAAGAUGGUGAAGAUGGGCCAAAGUUCAUCGUUGAAGCUGAAGAUCGUCCGAAUCAACCGAUCACUGCGUCGAGUGCAACUGGUGCCUGGACGCCUGUAAUUAAACAAGCUAAUAUCAUUCGUGAACGGAAGCAUUCUAAUGCUGCGUCUGGUCCUGAUUAUUUUGGUUUAUCUCAACCUACUAUUCGAAAGAUGAUACAAGAAUUACCAAAUGCUGACCAUUGUAAAAAUUAUAUAAUGCAAGUAUUUGAAUUGCAUGUUCCAAAUGGUGCCGGUAAACAUAGUAAAAAAAGGUUUUCAAAAAAGUAUGAUCUGGAAUCGUGUGAUAUGGAAGCAUUUUCGUAA